GCGAAUAUAGGUGAUUCACCCUUCCAUGCCUCUUUUAUACUUUCAGGGUGGUUUAUGCUAGUCUUGUUAUUUCAGGUUGCUGCCAUGUUAAGGAGAUGGUUUUUGGAACUGAAGUCAGUGGCAAUUUUUUCAAUUCGACCUGUCUUUUUUACGGGAAAGCAGACAGCAUAGAAGCUGAAAGUUCAGUGGAAAGGUUUACUCAACCAUCUUUUUAGGUGUGGUAAGAUUUUGUUCAAUAUAAGGAUUUUCUUUUUUGUGAAUUCUUUCCAUUACAGCUUUUUUUUUUUUUUUUGGGAAUUGUUUACUGGAGAUUCUAUACUGUGUUUUGCAACACAUUUAAAUGUUUUUCCCACCAAGUGUUAUGUGGAGGAAACUUGAAGGUAGUCUCAAGAUCUUAAGAAACAUAAUUGACAUGAGUUCAUUUGUAUACAGUUAUCAAGUGUUAUUGUAUCAAGUUCAUAAGCCUUCCCAGGUGCUCUAGUGAUGGGACUUAUAUUUAAGAAAUGAAUUAGAUAUGUUCAAGUAUCCUGUGCUAUACUCAAUAUUGCCCCAUGGUUUAUGCAGUGAUGAACAUAUAAUUUAUUGGAAUAACGUCUAACUGGUUUGAGUGAAAGGACUAGUUGGCUCACUUCUAUUAGGCUUUUGUUAGAAAAGUAUUAGUGUAAAGUUGAGUCAUGGGCUUCACAUGUUCUGGUGACAAGGAUUGGCUCUUUAUCAUUCUGUAAUGCCUUGACCAUUUUUGGUGCUAGAGUGAAAUUUUCUUAGGCAUUUCGAAAUAUAUUUGGUUUGUCAAUGUUGAAAAUUUUGUAUGUUUAUCUUUUCCUUGGACUUAUUGGUGGGUUACAUCAAUUUGAUUGGCUUUUGCUUGGAAGAUUAUAAAAUAUUAGGACUGUUGUAUAGUGAUGCAGAAUCUUCCAUUUCUGCAUCAUAGGAAUAUUGAAGGGCGUUUUAGUUGAAUUAUCUAUAGUUCUAGAUUCAAUUCUCUUUCAAUCAUUUGAUUUUUUUCAGUUGACUCUUUUGGAGAGGAGAAGAUCUUGAACUGAACACAAGUCUGAUAGCAUGCCAAACCAACUGGGUUCAGCAUUUUCUGAUCUGUGGUUCCAGCUCGUUAACAUUUCAUCCUGAAUGAUUUUUUUGUUUUGCUGUCCUUUUUCAGCAUUUUAUGAUUUGUUUUUCCAGGUGUUUAUUAGGUCUAGAUUCAAUUGUGCCAUAUCUAUUGGCAGUUUUGCUUGGCAAGUUUAAAUGAAUCUAAUUUUUUUUGGUAAUUCAGUAUGCAUUAAAAAAAAAAAAAACCAAAACCACGCCCUACCUUGGGAUAUGCCUUGGGUUAGGCAAAGUUCUCAAAAGCGCCUUACCAAGACAAACCAAACCCAGCUCUUCUUGUAGAACUGCCUCCUACAAUUAUAAAGAUAGUGUACUAGAGAGCAUAACUAUACAAACAAGCACAUAUCUAAAUCCAAACAAGAGAAUGAAUUGACAAUAAUCAGCUUAAUUCUAGCCACCUGUCCACCCUUGAAUUUAAAGAAGAAACCCAAGCUCAUGGCGGCAGAAGAUCAAAAUAGACAAAGUUGAGCUAAAACUGCAUGAGAAGACAGAAACAACCCCAUCUUGAAGGCAAAUUUCUAACAGGAUUACACUCACCAUGGCAGAAACCCAAUCCAAACUUCAACUACGUCCUGUGUCUGACAUGCUAGUUUGAUGUCGUUUAUUUGUUAUUUUAGGGUGUUUGCACAAAGAAUUGUUUGUUAAUAUCCAGCUACGUGAAGUCAAACUUCCAUCAAACCAUGUAGUAGUUAGUGAAUGAAGAACCUAUUGAACUAAGCAUUAGUUAGGGAGUAGAAAGCAAUUUUGUGAAUCAGACUGUUAUGCUUUAAAUAUGUUUUUCUUGUUUUGUUAUCCUUUAUUAAAUUAUCAACAUUAGCACUCUGUGGUGUAAGUAAUUGUGGUUCCAUCCUAUUCUCUAGGAAUAUUCUUGUUUAUAGGUUUUUGUAUGUGACUUUGGAAAUAUUAAUCCAAAAACAAAAUUUUAAAGUGGAAUCUCAGCAGGAAAGUUUAACCCUCAUCGGCUGGGAAAUACACUCCACAACUGAGAGUCUAACAAAAUAAAUAUUGUUUGUGUUUGAUCACAACUUUGAUUAAAUUUUGCAAUUUUGGCUCCUUUGAGAAUCUGUUAAUGCUUCAUAGAUCAAUUUGUUAUUCUUGUGAAAGUUAGGGCUUUCAUGGAAGUUAUAUAGGGGAGCCUUCACAAUGUUGGAUGGAAAAUCUGGGAAGUAAAUCGUGCUUCUUCAUUGUGUUUGUACCAGAAUACGUGUGCUGUGCUACCGAAUAUGAGGGUUGUAAUUUACAAGUAUCAGCUUUGGGCUUCUUGUCUGGGUCCGAAUUCCUUUGUAAUGAGAGAUUUUUACCAAGGCCAUUUUAUAUGGUUAAUGGGCACAUGACACGUGCUAGGACGGCUAAUCUCUCUUUUAGUCUUAAAAAUAAGCACACAAAACGGCGUCGCCUUUCGUCCUUACAAUACAGCGGAAGUUAUGGAACAGAACGGAAUAAACCCACUUAGUUGAGUCCAGCUGUAUCCAUACAUUUUGAAAUUCAAAAAAUUUUUUUACAACUCAUUGUUCAGCAACGGUUACUUUUCCCCUGUUAUGUUAUGGCCGUUGGAUUCUCUCUCACGCAUUGGCUAAUUAAAGAAAUAAUAAAAAACAGAUCCUCUUUAUUCUCUUGUCCUCUAUAAAGCCUCUCUUGUUGCUUUUUCAUUUAUCUUCAAAUUAUCUCUGCCGCUCGCAGUUUCCAAGUACCUCUCAGUUUAAAAUUCAGAAUUUUGAAAAAUGCGUGAAAUCCUUCACAUCCAAGGUGGUCAGUGUGGCAACCAAAUCGGUGCCAAGUUUUGGGAGGUGGUGUGUGCUGAGCACGGUAUAGACUCAACGGGGCGCUAUGGUGGAGACUCAGAUCUUCAACUGGAGAGAAUCAAUGUCUACUACAACGAAGCCAGUUGUGGUAGGUAUGUACCCCGUGCUGUUCUCAUGGAUUUGGAACCUGGAACCAUGGACAGCGUCAGAUCUGGACCUUAUGGUCAGAUUUUCCGGCCUGAUAACUUUGUUUUUGGCCAGUCUGGAGCUGGUAACAACUGGGCCAAAGGUCAUUACACUGAAGGUGCUGAGUUAAUCGAUUCUGUUCUUGAUGUUGUCCGUAAAGAAGCCGAAAACUGUGACUGCUUGCAAGGGUUUCAGGUAUGCCAUUCAUUGGGAGGUGGAACUGGGUCUGGAAUGGGAACACUGCUGAUUUCAAAGAUAAGGGAAGAGUAUCCAGACAGAAUGAUGUUGACCUUUUCUGUGUUUCCAUCUCCUAAGGUGUCUGAUACAGUGGUGGAGCCUUAUAAUGCUACUCUCUCUGUUCACCAGCUAGUGGAAAAUGCAGAUGAGUGCAUGGUCCUUGACAAUGAGGCUCUUUACGAUAUUUGUUUCCGCACACUCAAGCUCACUACUCCCAGCUUUGGUGAUCUGAAUCAUCUAAUAUCUGCCACAAUGUCGGGUGUUACAUGCUGCUUGAGGUUCCCUGGUCAGCUUAACUCUGAUCUGCGAAAACUUGCUGUUAAUCUCAUCCCAUUUCCUCGUCUUCACUUCUUUAUGGUGGGUUUUGCUCCUCUCACUUCACGCGGAUCACAGCAGUACCGUGCUUUGACAGUCCCUGAGCUCACCCAGCAAAUGUGGGAUGCAAAGAAUAUGAUGUGUGCUGCUGAUCCUCGACAUGGUCGUUACCUAACUGCAUCAGCAAUGUUCCGCGGUAAGAUGAGCACCAAGGAAGUAGAUGAACAGAUGCUGAAUGUACAAAACAAGAACUCUUCAUACUUUGUUGAGUGGAUUCCCAACAAUGUCAAGUCCACCGUUUGCGAUAUUCCGCCAACUGGUCUGAAAAUGGCAUCGACAUUCAUAGGCAACUCUACGUCUAUACAGGAAAUGUUUAGGCGAGUGAGUGAACAAUUUACAGCCAUGUUCAGGAGGAAGGCUUUCUUGCAUUGGUAUACUGGGGAAGGUAUGGAUGAGAUGGAGUUCACGGAGGCUGAGAGCAACAUGAAUGACCUGGUUUCAGAGUAUCAGCAGUAUCAAGAUGCAACAGCUGAUGAGGAUGAAGAGUAUGAGGAUGAAGAGGAGCAGUACCGUGAGGAAAUGUAAUGAUAGGUUAUUUUGGAGAAUUGCAAUGUAGCAAUUCUUCUUACUUCAAACUGGAAGUUGCUGAUUCUUUGUCAUUUCAGGAUUCAAAAUGCAGACCAGUGAUGUAACUUCCAGCUUUCAUUAGAAAUAUUAUACUAGUACUAGCAUAUAUUAUUAUCAUAAAAAAAGAUAUUCAUAUCGAA